AUGACAGAGUCUAAGUGUUCAGUAUACUUAGCAUCUGUAUCCAUGGUUGCGAAUGACUCAGAAGAUGACUAUGUUAGGUUAGAACAGGUUGAAAUGAAGGUUAUAGGGGAAAGGUUCCGAUAUAAAAGGAGUUUAGGUCUACUGUUGACAUUUGCACUUGCUGCUUCUGCAGCACUUCACGGAUAUAACUUGGGGGAACCCUCUAGUGCUGGUCUUGUUUCUGGUCCCGGAUCUGCUGCCAGUGUUGUGGGAGCCGGUGGAGACCUCGUCAGUGGAGGUGUAACUACUGGAUGUCAAGAGGGAGAAGUUCUUCACGUAGACGGCACUUGUGUAACUCCUGAAGUUACAAGAAAGGUCUACGUAUUUGAUGUUCCUGAACAAGAAAGACCCGUUGGUCCAGCACCUAGUAUUCCUCCUCCAGCAGUAGACCACAACAUCUUGUUCGUGCGCCUUCCUGAGGAAGCACCUGCUCCUGACCCCAUCGUACUUCCUCCACCAAGGCAAAACAACAUCGUCUAUGUACUCAACAAGCAGGAAGAACAAGCUCAACGAGUGAUCGAGGUACCUGCUCAGCCACAGGCUGACCCCGAAAUUUAUUUCGUCAACUACCAAGACGGAGAGAAUCCGACCCUUCCCUUAGGAGUAGACCUUGAAACUGCUCUUAGUUCCGCAGCAGCAGCCGGUGGUCAGGUUCUAGGAGGCGUCGAUGGAGCUGGUGAACUUGGAGUUAGUGGAGCAGUCGGAUUCGGUGGUGCUGGUGGAGUUUCUAGUGGACAAGGAGUUGGUGUAAAUGGAUUUGGUGGUGCAAAUGGAGUUUCUGGUGGAUUUGGGGUGGUGAAUGGUGGUAUUAAUGGAGCCACUGUUGGUGUAACAAUUAAUGGUGGUGCGGGAGGACUCCAAACUGGAUCAGGGGGUAGACCGUCAGGCUUAUAUACCACACCCUAAACUAAUUUUUCAUUUUUGUUUUUAAUUUCGUUUAAAUUGUGAAUUAUUUUUUUCCCUGAAAUAUACGGGGAUAGAAGGAAGUAACUGUUUCAUACCCUCCAUAUUU